AUGUCCGACUUCAAGAGCCAGGCUCUCUUCGAGCAGAUCACCGACGGCCUCAAGAACAUGGACGACAAGGAGAAGAAGGACAUCCAGAAGAAGACCAACGGCGUGUUCGAGAUGCACAUCAAGAACUCGGGCGGCAAGGAGCUCGUGUACACCAUCGACCUCAAGAAGAACGCCGAGGCCUACGAGGGCAAGGCCAAGGGCAAGGCCGACGUGACGAUCAACUGCGCCGACGACACCUUCAUGGACAUGGCCGACGGCAAGCUCAACGGCCAGAAGGCCUUCAUGUCGGGCAAGCUCAAGGUCAAGGGCAACAUCAUGCUCGCCACGAAGCUCGACGGCGUGCUCAAGGCGCAGAAGUCGAAGCUCUAG